GCCUCCUAAGGUGCAUUUUAUAGGCACCAAGGAGCACGGAAACAGUGGAAGCAUCUAGGAGGAGAAUCAAGAGAAAACCUAAAACUUUCAACAUUCAAAAAUACCUGCUGUGGUGGUUGAUGUAGAAAACACUGAGUUUACUAAAGAGCUUCGUAAUUGUUGGACCAGGGAGCACCUUUGCCACAGGACCUGAUGUGUUUUGUCUUUCUGGCCUAGCCAGGGAGGGGUUGGCACAUCAUAAAGAAAGCUGUAGAAGAGGAGACACAAUGAGACGGGAAGAGGAGGACGACAAGGGAACCAGGAUGAAGGCCGAAGGGCACUUAGAGAUGAAGGAGGAGGAAGAGAUCAGUGAGCCUGGAGAACUGGUUGGCCCUUUGGCGAGUGCCACACCCAUCCCGAUGUCCCACAACAAGGGGACUCGGUUUUCUGAGGCAUGGGAGUAUUUCCACCUGGCCCCUGCUCGUGCAGGGCACCACCCCAACCAGUAUGCCACCUGCCGCCUGUGUGGCAGGCAGGUGAGUCGUGGCCCUGGGGUCAAUGUGGGCACCACGGCCCUGUGGAAGCAUCUGAAAAGCAUGCACAGGGAGGAGCUGGAGAAGAGUGGCCAUGGUCAGGCAGGGCUGCGCCAGGACCCCAGGCCCCACGGGCCCCCGCCCACUGUGGCCAUUGAGGGUGACUGGGGCAGGCUCCUGGAGCAGGUGGGCGCCCUGGCUCUGUGGGCCAGCCAGCGGGAAAGGGAGCUGCUCAGGAGGGAGAGGGCUGUGGAGUGGAGGGAGAGGGCAGUGGAAAGGCGAGAGCGGGCCCUGGAGGAGGUAGAAAGGGCCAUCCUGGAGAUGAAGUGGAAGGCGAAGGCUGAGAAGGAGGCACGUCAGCAGGACGAGGACCUGCCUGCAGCGGCGCAUCCCUUCCAUUUCGUUUAAAUCGG